CUCUCCAAGCUUGUCAUUUGUAAAUUUGACAUUUUCUUUUUUUAAUUAGCAUUUUUUUAAUUUUUAAAGCUUUUUAUUUUCAAAACAUAUGCACAGAUAACUGACAAAAUUGACCCUUGCAUAGCCUUGUGUUUCAGAUUUUCUCCUCCUUUUCCCUCUCCCACUCCUAGAUGGCAAGCAAUCCAAUAUAUUUUAAACAUAUUAAAAUAUAUGUUAAAUCCAAUAUAUAUAAAUCUAUUUAUACAAUUCUCUUGCUGCACAAGAACAAUCAGAUCAAAAAAGAAAGUAAAUAAGUAAAAACUCAGAUCUGUAGAGAAGGAAGGAAUUUGUGUCCAAAGAACUGGAACUCAUAAUUGAACAUCAGAUAGAUAAUUUUGAUUAUAUUAAGUUAAAAAGUUUUUGUACAAACAAAACUAAUGCAGACAAGAUCAGAAAGGAAGCAAUAAAUUGGAAAAUCAUUUCUUAUAUAGAAAAGUGACACACAUUUAUGGGAAUUCAAGCCAUUAUCCAAUUGAUAGUCAAAGAAUAUGAACAAUUUUCAGAUGAGGAAAUUAAAACCAUUUCUAAUCAUAUGAGAAAGUGCUUUAAAUCACUAUUGAUCAGAGAAGUGCAAAUUAAGAAAAUUGAUAUACCACUACAUACCUCUCAUCAGCUAAGAUGACAAGAAAAGAUAAUGAGAAAUGUUGGAGGGGAUGUGGGAAAAGUGGGACACUAAUAUGUUGUUGGCGGAACUGUGAACAAAUUCAGCCAUUCUGGAGAGCAAUUUGGAGCAAUGGUCAAAAAAGUUAUCAAACUGUGCAUACCCUUUGAUUCAGCAGUGUUUCUACUGGGCCUACGUCCCAAAGAGAUCUUAAAAGGGAAAGGGACCCAUAUGUGCAAGAAUGUUUAUGGCAGCCCUCUUUAUAGUGGCCAGAAACUGGAAACUGAGUGGAUGCCCAUCAGUUGGGGCAUGGCUGAAUAAGUUAUGGGAUAUGAAUGUUAUAGACAAUAUGUUUUCAAUGCAGUCUUCUUACUAGGUGGUGGUGUCAGGAAAAGCUGAGUUCAAAUCCACUCUCAGAUACUUACAAGUUGCAUGUCUGUAGGCAAGCCAUUUAGUUUCCCGGGAGGUAAAAUGGGCAUGAUAAUAGCACCAAACAUGUAACUGACAUAUGUACCAUGUAAUAUAGAUACUAUAUUUGUAAUAUAGCACUAUACGGAUGUUAGUUAUUACCUAAAUCAGAAGUGAAAAAUAGCAGUUAAAUAGGAUAGCUCACAGGCUCUCCUUGGAGAGGUAAAUAGAGAAGUAGGGCCCGUCAUACACUUAAAAGCAAAGAAACAAAAUUUGACGAAACAUUUGGGGGAACGGGUGUGGGAAGGUAAUAAGCAUUUAUUAAGCAUGCACUAUGUGUCAGGGGGCUGUAUUAAGGGCUUUGUAAAUCUCUCUCUUAGAAAUGUUUUUUUUAUGGGCAGCACUCAUGAUUAAGUGUUUGUAAAUAAAUCGCCAAGGCAAUAAUUUCAGUUUGUUGCAACAAAUUGCAGAUGGGGGUGAUGGGCAUGUCUGGCGGGAAGCAGGGAUAACAGGGGGGAGAAGAAAGAGGGGAAAAGGAAGGGAGAAGGGAAAAAGAAAAGGGAGGAGAAAGGAAGGGAAAAGAAAAUGGGGGAGGGGAGGAAGCCGAAGGGAGGGGUGAGAGAAAAGGAAAAGAGGAAGUGGGAGAAUAAGACAAUUUGUGUCUGUUUAUGUAAGUCAGAGCUUGUUCUAAAACGGCUUUUCUAAGCAAAGCAUCCUCUUAGGCUGUGGGCUGCUGGGUGAAGGAUCACGUUUAUUUCUCAGGGUUCCGGCGUUCCCGAUAGGUCUAGGCCGUCCCUUCCGGCACCCUGGUUUCCGACCGGUUCCUUUAGACUGCAGGACACGGCGGCAGCCUUUUUUUGUUUUGUUUUGUGUUUUGCGGGAGCCGGGGCCGGUGCUUUUCCCUAGUGACACCAGUAGAGGAGAGGAUAAGCGGAAGAAGCCCUUGAGAUCCGGGGUCCGCAAGAGUGUGAGCUGGAGGGGGCGAUUCCCGUGAGGCUCUGCGGCUGCCGACCAUGGAACCGGCCCAGCAGCGGCUCUCUCAGGCGAUACAUGACCAUGGAAGCUAUGACUCUGAUUUUAGUGAUGAUGAAAACUAUGGAGAACCUAAGAAAAGAAAAAGAACAAUUAAUGAAGACUCAUUGCUCAAAAAGCCAUUUCAGAAGGAAAAAUACACAAAAGUAGCUCAUAGGCAUGUUGCAGCAGAAGAGCUGGAUCGGGAAGAAGCAAGAAAUAGGAGAUUUCAUCUAAUAGCUAUGAAUGCUUAUGAAAGACAUAAGAAGCUAGUGAAUGACUAUAUUUUAUAUUAUGGUGGUAAAAAAGAAGAUUUCAGACGUUCAGGGGAAAAUGACAAGACAGACUUGGAUGUUAUAAGAGAAAAUCAUAGAUUCCUCUGGAAUGAAGAAGAUGAAAUAGACAUGACUUGGGAGAAGAGACUUGCAAAGAAGUACUAUGAUAAAUUAUUCAAAGAAUACUGCAUAGCGGAUCUUAGUAGAUACAAAGAUAACAAGUUUGGAUUUCGAUGGCGAGUAGAAAAAGAAGUAGUUUCAGGAAAAGAGUGCCAUGCCAUAUUAACAAAAACAUUAAAAGGAAAGCGGCUCACCUUGGCAAAAAGAGAAGAUGGUCAGUUUUUCUGUGGAAAUAAACGAUGUGAUGAAAAGGAAGGAUUAAAGAGUUGGGAAGUGAAUUUUGGCUACAUUGAGCAUGGUGAAAAGAGAAAUGCACUUGUGAAAUUAAGACUAUGCCAAGAAUGUUCCUUCCAAUUAAAUUUUCAUCACAGAAAAAAAGAAGUCAAACCAAAAAAGAUAAGGGAUAAAACUGAAGGAGAUUGUGAAGACUCAUCACAUAAAAAAUCCAAAUUAUCUUCUUCAAAAAUGCAGACUUCCAAGAAAAAGAAGAGAAAAGAUCAUUCACCCUCAGAAAAAUCAGAAGAAUCAGAUAAUGAAAACUGUGAGGAGGAGGAAGAAGGUACUUCAGAAGCAGAAUUGUGGAAAGGUCCCCUGCAGGAAACAGAUGAAAAAUCACAGGAAGAAGAGUUUGAUGAAUAUUUUCAAGAUUUAUUUCUGUGAAACAUCCAGGAUAGAGCCUUUAUUUCUUUAUGUGAAAGUCUUUCUUGAACCUUUUUUAAAUUAUAUUUUUAUGUUUUCUCUACAAAGUCAAAAUUUGAGUAGUUUCUCUUUAGAAAUAACUAAUCAUCCAGCUACAUCUGAUAGUAAUGUACUUUAUAUAGCACAUGAACUCUUACAGAGUGCAGUUCUGCAUAACUUGUAGAGCUAAUUAUUUCUGUAGAGGCUUAAUUCACUUGGCCACAGAGUCAGUUUUAUCACUGGUAAAAUUUGGACAAUUUUCAAGAUGAGGUGUGAUUUAUUUCAUUUUUGCUCACAAAGAAGUACUGUUCACAUGUAGAAAGGAAAAAAACAAUCUUUCUUUUCUUACUUUUUCCCAAAAUUUCCUCCUCAAGUCUAGUUUAUGUUUGACUAUAUAAAAUACUUUUUAUUUUGUUGCUAUUUCUGUGAUACUUGGAAAUCCAAAUGAAGAAAUCAUAUAAUUAGGUUUGGAAGUUUGCUGAAGAGAACCAUAAGAAGCAUACUGAUCUCCUUACCUCUAUCAUUUUUUUUAUAUAUUCCUAAGUGGAAUUUCUUUUGCUAAGGAACAGAGGAGCCUACUGGUUCUACACUCUGUGGUACCUCUACUUGAGUUAAAGAGAGAGAAGUAGGAGGUAGGUGUUAUGAAGGGAUAUUGACAAGGUAGGCCUUCCCUCCUAUUGUUAAAUUUAGAGAGGAUUAUCCUUAAAAAAUCAAUUUUGGUAUGUGUUUUGUCCUUGCUGUUAGCAUAUUCUUUGUUUAAAUUACUAACUAGAAGUGAGGCAAUUUUAAAUAUGUUAUAGGUAAGGUCCUUUUCUAAGGAAUAUCAUUACCAUGAAGUGUGGCUUCACGGCCUAGAGUACUUAAGAGAGUUGGCCUCUUUUUUUAGCAGAAAAAUAUGGGUUCACGUCACAUACUGGCCUUCUGAUAGGAACAAGUCAUUUAAUCUUUCAGUGCCUCUACAUAAAUUUCUUAAGACUCAUGUUACAAGCAGAUAGCAAUCUGAAUUAGUAGAGGGUUUCCCUAUACUAAUGAAAUCACAUAUCUAGAGUUUACUAUACUAGGAGACUCUGUAUUAUGAAACUAUGGGGAAGGCCUUUACUAAGUGUUUUUGCUGGUUUGGUUUAUUGCCUACAAAAAUAUCUUACUACAAAAAUACUUCCUUUUAUUUCUCUUUCCAUGAAAUGGUCAUUUUCUAUAAAAGCUGAUUUUAUUCUGUUUAUGGGGAAGAGGAAAAGAGAGGUAAGCAAUUACUUUUAGUCCUUCUUUUCGUUCCUACUUAAGUUCCCAAAUCAUUUACUUCAAUAAAAUGUAACACAAAAAAUUUUACAAGCUUGGAGGUGGGGUGAAGAAAUUUGAAUGGUUCUCUUCACUUAGUAAUUUAUUUUGGAGAAUCAGAAUCUAUACCAAAACAAUAUUAAUUCAUGUUACAUAAUUCUGGUGUAUUUACCAAGUAUUUUGUCACAAAAUCCCAUUGAUGAAUGUUAUAGGAACAACAUGGUUCUACUACAACUACUAAAAUAUUAUAUAUGCAUAUAUAUUUUAUCAAUUCAGACUGGUUUUCUCCUGUUGUAGUUACUCCAAAUUAUAAAAGUUUUAUUGAAGCAAAAUUAGGAAGUAAGUCAAGUUUGUCUUCUCCACACCUCACCUUGUUUCAUUUUUCAUGAUUCAUACCCUCAUAAUUUUGGCAUCCUCUUUUAGGCAACUAUUUCUGUACAGAUCUAGCAAUCUCCCACUUUUGGCUCACCUUUUCUUGCCUGACAUUCUCACUGUGUCUUUCCAAACUAGUACUAAGUGGAAUUUGUUGCAAUAGAAUUUAGCUUAUUAAAGUCACAGGACACUGGGAUCCCAUGCACAAAAUUAUUGCAGUUAUAUAUUUCAAACAUUAACUGUAGUCUUGGCCUCCAAGAGUCUGUGUGCUUUCCAAAGUUCUUGCCUCUGAGAAGACCAUUUAUAUACACUGAGGGAAUUUAACUGAAUAAGUUAUAUAUAAACACAUUUUUGGAUAUAGUAAUACAAUUAACCUGUAAAAAAGAGGAAGUUAGUAAAUAAUUUAUGGAUAGUAAUGGGGAAAUAGGUUAGAAGUGAUCACAGAAUUCAGAUAGUUUUAUUGAAACCUAUAUUGAUACAGUAACUUUUAAAGAUAAUUUUAUAGAAUUGAUUAGUUAUUAUGAUAUUAAACCAUAAAAUAUGUAAUAAAAUCUUUUUUUAAUAGUCACUGUAGAUAUUUAUUUAAUCAUCAAGGUACUGUGGAGGAGAAUAACAUGAAUUAUGCAAUUUGUUCUAUGCCAUUCAGAAGAAGUAAAUACUCCAUUCUUGGGUUAAUUACUGUAGCAUGUGGUCUAUGUUGUGUUAAAUGAAUUCUCUAUUUAAAUUACUAAUGAUCAUAAUGAUAAAUAUCAUAAUGAUAAAAAUGUGGUUUUUGAGAAUGGAAAGGAUGUGACAGAUUUGUAAAUAAUAGGAAUAAGCUAUAAAUAGUUGAAUAUAUACAAUAAAAAUAUUUUCAUAAGAUUA